AUGGCGUGCGUCGCGUCCCUCUGCGCAAGCGUCGCCUUCGCCUGUCGCUGGGUCAUGGGCGGCCUUUGCCCUGCGCCCGUCGACCUCGGCGCCGACCGGACCGACGACGAGUGGCACGCGGCUCGGAAGCGGUCGCUCCUGACACUUCGCGGCUACGACCGCAUUUCGCUGGCGGCAAAUGGCGAAGCCAUUACUCACCACCACGACAUUCUCACACUCGAGCGCUCGCUCGUGCCAAUGGUCGAUAAGGCGACCAACACGGGCACGGCGAGCUCCAAUACAUGUACCACGACAAAGGCGACCAAGGGCCGGAUGCCCAAUCUCCAUACGUCCGAGCGCGGCCAGCGGUAUCGAGAGCGCUUCCAGGCCAAAGUCGAGGCGCUCCAGGUCAUGGCGGCGCGGCAGCGUGUCUUCAAAGCCAAGCCGCUCCCGAAACACUACACGUACUCGGCAGUGCCGUCGACGACGACGCUGCUCGAGCAGGAGCGGCGCGCGAUUGCGUCCGAGCGCCGACAGCUCUCUCUCGACAUGCUCGCGCUGCUCGACACGCUGGCCAAGCGCCAAAGCGACCGCCGUCUCGUCUACGCACCCCUCGAAAUAAGUUGA